GAGAGCCGCUGCUGCUGCUGGGGUGGGAGGUGCUGCUCGCUCUUGGCGGGAGCGGCGCUGUGCUGGUGGGGACCUUAGGGACGCAGAGGAAUGUAGAUUUUGGUCUGGGAGAAGACAUCACUUCUGUGACAGCUUGAUUUAGCCCACUGAAAAUGAAGCAAGAUUCUACUAGAAACAUUGCUUAUACCGUGAAUUGUGAAGAUUAUGUGCAUGUGGUAAAAUUCAGUCCAUUUGAUAGUGGAAAUGCGUGCUCUCUCAUUGCGUAUGGUGGCAAUAAUUGUGUAGUUGUUGCGACCUGCAGAUUCCAGGAGGAGGAUGCAGAAGUAGAAGGUAUGCAAUUUAAGACACUAAGAACGUUUCAUCAUGGAAUACGAGUUGAUGCCAUAGCAUGGAGUCCAGAAACUAGACUUGAUGCUUUACCGCCCCAGAUAAGGUUUUGCACUGCGGCUUCUGAUAGGAAGAUAAGGCUAUUUACUUCAGACCUGCAGGACAGGAAUGAAUUUAAGACAUUUGCUGGCCACUCAGAUUACAUUAAUGAUCUGGUGUUUGCUCCCAAAGACGGCCAAGAAAUUGCGAGUGUAAGUGAUGAUCACACCUGCAGGGUCUGGGAUUUGGAAGGAAAUGAGAAGGCCCAUUUUGUUUUACGUUCUCCUGGAAUGAGUGUUUGCUGGCAUCCUGAGGAGGCUUUUAAGCUGAUGGUAGCAGAGAAAAAUGGAACAAUACGUUUCUAUGAUCUAAUUACACAGCAGGCAAUUCUUUCCCUAGAGUGUGAACAGGUGCCACUGAUGUCUGCAGACUGGUGUUUAAAAAAUGCUAUUAAAAUUGGAGCAGUUGCUGGAAGUGAUUGGUUAAUUUGGGAUAUCACUCGUUCCAGUUAUCCACAGGAUAAGAGACCUGUCCAUGUUGAUCGAGCCAGAUUAUUCAGGUGGUCUCGAGUGAAUGAAAAUCUGUUUGCAACCACUGGAUAUCCAGGAAAGACAGCUAGUCAACUGCUUGUUCAUCAUUUAGGACAUCCCCAGCCCAUUCUUACUGGCACUGCAGCUGUAGGAUCUGGUUUGACAUGGCAUAGAACACUUCCUUUAUGUGCAGUUGGAGGAGAUCAUAAAAUUUUCUUCUGGAUAACUGAAAUGUAAAAUAAGUAUUUGUCUUCAAUAUGAAACUUCACAGCAUACAGUGUCUCUUUUCAAAUAAACCCAAGGAAUUUUGUCUUUGUAUUUAUUGACAAGUAAGUAACAAUUAAAAUAUGAAACAUUUAUGCUUGAAUUUUAGCUUGCAAGUACAAGAGCUUUUGUAAAAGGAGUUUUUGUAUAUCUCAUAUUUGGUUACUUCACUUAAAAUAAAAUACACACUUUUUAAUAUGGCGUUGGGUGUAAAAUUAGGGGGGUUUGAGUGUUUUUUUAAAGAGAUUUUGUAUCCAACGCUCUCAAUCUGGCAAUGUUGCACAGUUAACACACUUCAAAUAUUUCAAAGUUGUCCAGAGUAUGUACAGAAAGAACACCUGUGUCUAUAUUAACUUUCCAGACCAUCACUGUCUUAGAAGAAUGACAUUAAACAAUAUGCUGUCAUAAAA